CUGCGCUUCUGUUCAAGAAUACACCUGCGCCCCUUCUGCCCAAGACCCGAGUUCAUUGCCUUGCUCGGAUAUCCUUUUCAAUUCCUACCAUCCUGCUUUUCGCUGCAUCUGCAGGUCCUCAGCGAAUGAAUGGGGGCCUCGAAGCAAUCGAGUGAUCGUCGGAUGCCAUGGCUUCACAUACACGUUCACGGAGUAAAAACUCCUUCUCCAUCUUCUCUUUCGACACUAUCCGAUCUUUGAGUCGAGCCGGAUCACGACAAGCAGCUCGUAUCCCUUCUAGAGACGACUUGAAUGGCCGGGCAGAGUCUAGUCUUUCGUAUCGAUGUGACCCUCACAAUCAGCCUCCAUCGGCAUCACCAGAGCCUGUCCACACUACAAACAAUGCUGCUGAAUCCUUUGCACAACUUUUUCCAGAGAGCCAGGAGAACCACAACGGAGCUGCACUGCCAGGCGUGGUAGAAGAAUCUGUCGGAGCAGCGACUGCUUGUAACCGACGAGCACGUCGCUUCCGCCCUCUGUCAUGGCUGCCUUUUGGUCAGCAUUCUUCACGGACAGAUUUCUCCCGGAGUCUUUCUGUCCAACUUCCCAAGGCGGCCAGCACUUCGACCGUUACUCGAAGUGUAAUCUCUGCUCCCGUACUCACCAGUACUACCAAUGUCGGAGUUGCUCAUGCUGAAGGGGUUCAUUGUGGAGAAUUAUCCGGUCUGUCUUUUUCACAAUCGACGGGUGUUCCACAAAGUAACUCGCAGGCAUCGUCUGAACUCCCAAAGAACACUGAAGUCUCCCUACAUGAAGAACCAGACAAUCAGGACGCGCAGACUCAGCAGGCAGCGGUGAGUGCAAGGAGCACACGGGACAGGACUCAACCUGCAAGAAGUCGAAUAUCGCAAUUCCGGAACGUUCUGAGAAGCAAGGUCAGAAGUAUCCCUCACAAGUAUGCUGAACGAAAAGCACAGCCACCAAUGUUUGAUGCCAUCCUGGAGAGCACUGAUGAAAGCGUCGAUCCUGUCGUCGCAGAAGGAGCCCUCAGAAGGCGUCGGACGGAGACUCUCAACCUGUACAAAGACAAGGUUAAAGAACUUACGGGGAAUGGCCAUGUUCGACGCAAGUCAUGGAAUAGCAGCAAAGAAUUAGCAGGGACACAGGAAGACCCGCCUCUUCUCGGCGAAUUCACAAACACGCGGGUCAAUGAUUCUGAACAAAGCGACAACGAGGAAUUUGGCUUCGGCUCACUUACCAAGUCGUUCGCGAGCGCGGUUGACAAGUUGGAUUUUCAGACACCUGUGCCACGCAACAUGUCCUUCUUGCGCUCUAAGUCAUCUCUCUUCCUCUCAAAGAAGGGUGACAGCGGCGACGCCAAUCGAAGUGAGAUGAAGCGACGAGAAACAACCUCCUUUGCACCUCAGCCAUCACCACCGCCACCGAUACCGACUAGACUUCCACCCGCGCCCUUGCCUCCAGGUCCUCCUCCACCACCGGCGCCUGGCAGAGCAGCUCAGCUGGAUCUCGCUGCUCGAAAGAGUGCCCCGAGUCCAGUGGUGUUCUCCACAGAGCAGAACGCGUAUGUAGCAGCAAAGCCUGUGCCGGGAUACCCACGGGGAGUCAAUCCUUUGAGGAUGCAUCCGCCAGACACUAUGGCCUCACCUCCACCUCCUCCACAUCAAGAAAACCACGAAGGGCCAGGCACCAGCAACAUAUCUUCCAGUCAACAGAGACCACCACCAAGCAAGCAUGGCGAGGAGGAGGAUGAUAGCAUUUCCCUCGAUGAUGCACCGAUCUAUUCUCCGUCUCUGGGCGACCUGAGCCAAUACUCCCGCGAUACGCCACCUCCUUCUACUGGACAACGUCGUACGGUUGCUCCUCGACCCAAAGCCCUCUAUGUGACUCCAACUCGGAACGGUGUGAUGGAUAUCAAGUCAUCAGACGAGCAACGGGCCGGCGUGUUGAAGAAAAGCCGAAGUGCAUUGUUUGGCAGAUCCAGAACGACGAAGCCGACUGAGAUAUCAAACCACCUGGCACCCAGCCCAUUAUUCGAACGUGAUGUCAAUCAAAAACUAACCACCGGCGCUGAGAAAAGGGUCAAAAAGAGCAGGAGUCUGCAAUUCGCUGGGCUUUUCAAGAAAGAAAGUCAGUCGAGCUUGCCAGCUGCCAUGUCACGCGAUAUGACCGGUCCUUUCCAGCCAGCAACCCCUUCACCACUUCGAAAUGUGACACGAGCUUCGCGUGGAAAUGAUACGACGCGUGCGAAAGGAGAGGCAAGCCCGUCACUUUUCCAAACCAGAAAGUAGCAGUACAAGUUGUACAACAAGAUCGUGCCGAAAUCUCCACAAUAAACCAAAGAAUUGCUGAUGACCGGUGCUUGGUAGCUUUCAAGAAGUCAUGGCCAGUAGCAGCAAUGAGGAA